AUGCGUUUUACCACCCGGGCGGUUUGGUCCCUGGUGGCCUCACUGGCCCAUCUCAGCGCCAACAUCCACCACGCCAUGGUACACGCCGCCACCAGUGGCUUGCUGGAAGUCGAUCUAGUGUUCCCUCGCGAUAACCAGACCUACGCGCCCACACCCUACAUGCCCAUUGUGUUCGCACUACACAACGCCGAACUUGCGCGAGGUAUCUACCCUGAAAUUGCGUUUCGAAUCCGCAACCGGUUAGACCCGAACGAGGGCCAGGGCGAGGGCUUCUACCUACCCAUCAAUCUCCCAAACGAAACCAUCAGCAACUCGGAGCCUUGGCUCGUGCAUACCUUGGUGAACAACUUUGCAACCGCGGGGGCUUGGGAUCUUGUUUUUGAUCUCUGGUGGGUGGAUUGCAAACUGGAGGAAAACUUCGGCGACCCUGAGUAUCAAGGCCGCGUUGCAGGGCACGUGUUGGAUGGCUAUCCGGGUGCCAUCAGUAUGAACACCUCACACGGUGGACAGGGGCUGGAUCUCGUCGCUGCCACUGCCGAUGAAAAGGCAUGUCACGCUGGCAUGGAGCCCGGGCAUGUUCUCAACGUCACCAACGACCGACGGAACGUCACCGACUACGAGGAUAAGAGACUCUACCCAACGUGUCUCAUGGUUUCCAAGGUCGCCCCGGACACAAGUUUGCAUUUGUGCGACGUCAGAUUCAACUCCACUGCCGCGACUGCCAUCGCUGCCUCAGUGAAAGACGCGUUGUGCCACGGAAAGAAUCCACCGGCCGACUGUCCCUCGGAACCUUCAACCGCAUCACGGCUUGGUGUUGCGGGUGCUGGGUACUUGGUGGCUACUUUGGCGACUUUGGAGUUUCUUCGGUUUCUGGCCUGA